CCCGUCGAGAGUGGGAGGGGAAACCCCGUGCGAGGGGCGCCGCCAUCUUGGGUAAGGGGGGUGAUGGGGGCGCAGUGGAGCCAGCGGAGCCGCGCCUGAGGGAGCUCCGGAGAGCGGCGGAGACCCGGCCCGGCCGCUGCCCAGCACGAAGCACAGCGCCGCAGAGCCCGCGGCCCGAACCGCGCUGCCGCCGACAGAGCCACGCUGCACAGCCACCCCCUGCCCGAGCACAGUGCCACAAUGGCAACCGCACCUUACAACUAUUCCUACAUCUUUAAGUACAUCAUUAUUGGGGACAUGGGUGUAGGAAAGUCCUGUUUGCUUCAUCAAUUUACAGAAAAGAAGUUUAUGGCAGACUGUCCCCACACAAUUGGUGUUGAAUUUGGCACAAGAAUAAUUGAAGUUAGUGGCCAAAAAAUUAAACUACAGAUUUGGGAUACAGCAGGACAAGAGAGAUUCCGGGCUGUCACACGAAGCUACUACAGAGGAGCCGCGGGAGCUCUCAUGGUCUACGACAUCACCAGAAGAAGUACGUAUAAUCACUUAAGCAGCUGGCUGACAGAUGCAAGGAACCUCACCAAUCCAAAUACUGUGAUAAUCCUCAUAGGAAACAAAGCAGAUCUGGAAGCACAGAGGGAUGUCACAUAUGAAGAAGCCAAACAAUUUGCUGAAGAAAAUGGUUUAUUGUUCCUUGAAGCAAGUGCAAAAACCGGAGAGAACGUCGAGGAUGCCUUCCUGGAGGCUGCCAAGAAAAUCUACCAGAACAUCCAAGACGGAAGCCUGGAUCUGAACGCUGCAGAAUCGGGUGUACAGCACAAGCCAUCGGCUCCGCAGGGCGGGCGGCUAACCAGUGAACCCCAGCCCCAGAGAGAAGGCUGCGGCUGCUAGUGACCUCCGUUCCCUGGCUCCAUUUCUGACCCUUCACCUCUGUCUGUCGGGAGCGGUGCUUUUGACUGCUGCCCUGUCUUCUGUACAUCUUACUGGGUUUAAUUAAAACUCUUGAGACAAGUUUAACACAGUACUAAACUGCUAAACAACGUUAGAUGUAAUCAGGUUAUCAAAGGCAAGUAGAGUAAUAAAACCUCUCCUGCAUGGUAAAUCUAGAAGUUUUUUUUUUUUUUCCUUGAUUGUCCUUGUGAUAGUGUCACCGAUACCUAAUUUAAACCAAGCACUGAUGCUGGACUCAUGAUUUCACACUCUCGCAGGGCUUUGUCUUGUACGGUUUAAUUUGAUGGUUCUUUGGCCUUUCUCCCCCACCUCUAACCGUUUAGAGCUGUCUGUAGUAAAGGAUGAGUUUUUUGCUGUGAAAUGACUUCCGAUGGUAGCGAGGGGCUGGGUAACAAUGUGCUUCUGUUGGAGGAUGUCCCUGUGGUGUGUGUGGGGUCGGGGCGGGCUGGCGCCGCAGCGUGCACAGGGACACGUGCUCGGAGCUUUACGUCGGUUUUUUGCCACUUUUCUCCUUCCCAUUUGUUAACAGAACGUAAAUAUGUAUAAAAUUUGAAGGAACUGAGCUAACAGUUAAAUACAUCCUGUGUAUAUGAUUUUAAUGAAGAAAAAAAUGAUUACUGGCAUUAGAACAGUAUGUAAGAAACCCCCCGUUUGUACAGUACGAGCUGUGUGUGACCACGUUGGCGCCGAGUGCCGCUCACUAACGCAGGCCUCGCUCCCUGGUGUCACCCGCGGCCGGGGCAGCUCGAGUCCCCACGCAGACAUUAACACUAGUGGGAUCUGUGUCUCAUCUUUGCACUGUGGUGUUUAUUAACCCCGUCGUGUGCAAUCAGCAGCGCGCUAAAACCCGCUUCGCUCUUGGGAAAGCGUUUUGCAUUGCUGGGCUGUCGCCUGCCUCGUGCCCUGCGCUGAGGCAGCUUCUCUCGCACAUCCUGCGCUUCUCUACCUGUAACUCUUCCAGUGGUCAGAGCCUGGACUGGACAGUCAACAGCGCCUGUGCUCUCUAGGGAUUUGGAACUACUCUUGUAUUUUUAACAGGCCCGCGUGAGGGUUUCUGUAAGACUUGGGCUUCUCAAGCCUUUGAGUCCAUCCUUCACGGGGUGACACAACCUGUAAUGCUGUAUCAAAGGGAGAUGUCAGGCGGUGACCAUGCACCUGAGGGUGUUGCUGUGGGUUCACUGUGGCUGUACACGCAGCUCGCAUGAAACUGCACUUGGGAAACACCGCACUUGGCUUGAAAAUGGCAGGGGCCUGUGCUUAACCAUAGUCACAUGUCCUAUUUUAGUCUUGCUGCAGGGUUUAAAAUACAAAGUAGUCUUAAAAUCCCUCCCUAGACACUAAAACUACAAUGUUCAGACUUGUAAGUAAACUGUGGUACCAGAGUAUUGUACAGUCAAUGUUAAAUCAAAGCCAAAACUGGAAUGUGCAGACAAUAGGAUUUGGGUAACUUGUGCACUGUCCCUUUGUUUUGUCUGGUUAGUCCUUUUUUUAACUAAUAUUCUUAAGUAGAUGGGUAUGUUCAGGAUCUACAGCUCACAUCCUGCUUCAACCGAGGCUGCACCACAAAGGGUUUGCCCAGGGACCACGACCUGCUGCUGCUGUGAAGUAAAUGUUGUAAUGACUCCAGCUUGCUGAGGUGCAAUACCUGUCCUCCCAGUUACAGUAGGUCUCAUUGUUUCUGUCACAGAAAGGAGCUGUUUGGACUGCUGUACUCCUCAUUUGAUGUAACGAUGCUAUUAAUCUAAAUAUUUGUAAAUAAAGUACCUGUAUCUAGAUAAA